UUUUUCCCUUAGGGGUGGUGGCCGCUGUUUUGCUUCAUAGCUUUCCAGAUCGGCCAACGAAAGCAUGGGAAUGUUGCGAGCGGAUUUCUGAGCAAACUUGUUUUAAAGUACUAUAUAAGUUACUUUAAGUUUCCCAGAAGCUGUUCCACUUCACCGGAGCUCCGCUGCACCCUAAAAGGCCGUCAGCCGACCGCAGUGAGGACGUUUCACCAGCGAGAGAUUCCGGACAAAGGAAAAGAGUCUUGUUAGCUAGCGUUAGCUGGCUUCCGGGCUAACUUAGCAUUCCUCUGCGGCGCAAUGCAGGCCAUAAAGUGUGUCGUUGUCGGAGACGGAGCUGUGGGUAAGACCUGCCUGCUCAUCAGCUACACCACCAAUGCGUUUCCUGGAGAGUACAUCCCCACCGUGUUCGACAACUACUCCGCCAAUGUUAUGGUGGACGGGAAGCCGGUGAACCUGGGCCUUUGGGAUACAGCAGGACAAGAAGAUUAUGACAGACUCCGCCCACUUUCUUACCCACAGACGGAUGUGUUUCUCAUCUGCUUUUCGCUUGUGAGUCCCGCCUCGUUUGAAAACGUCCGUGCCAAGUGGUACCCUGAGGUGAGACACCAUUGUCCCAACACUCCCAUCAUCCUGGUGGGUACUAAGCUGGAUCUGAGAGAUGACAAGGACACCAUGGAGAAGCUGAAGGAGAAGAAACUCUCUCCAAUUACAUAUCCCCAAGGACUGGCAAUGGCCAAGGAGAUUGGUUCCGUCAAGUACCUGGAGUGCUCAGCCCUGACUCAGCGUGGCCUUAAAACUGUGUUCGACGAGGCCAUCCGGGCCGUCCUCUGCCCUCCACCCGUCAAGAAGAAGGGGAAGAAGUGCACUCUCCUCUAAGACUUCCUCCACUGGGGAAACGGUUACAGGGGAACAUGACCGCUAGUGGUGAGGGUGGCUAAACGACACAGGAGAAACACACCAGUAUACACACAAAAACAAUGUACUUCAGAUUCUUUCCUUCCAUACGUGUAGCUACAGAAGUUAUACCAACUGUUUUUCAUGAAAAAUUUGACAUAGGGUCAGAUUUAGGAGAAGGGGUUGGAAGGUUAUAGACCCUAGUUCUUUCCCUACAACAUAUACUGUAUAGACAAGUGAAAUGAAAUUCUCGAGGCCUUCUAAAAUGGAUUGGAUGUUUUUGUAAAAUGGACUGUGGAAUGUUUUCAAUUUGUUCUUCCACUGGUUGUCAACCUUUUUUUGUUUACACUCUUGUUUUUAGUGGAAGAAAUAUUGCCAAAUACAUUCUGCAGACGUGCUGUAUGUUUUAGCCGAGAAGAAAAAUCUUUCGUUACAUUGUCUCAAACCUUCAAAAUACAGCUGACAGUUUGCUGUCCUGUGCUGCUGUUUGUUCAGCUCAGUGAUCAAUGGCAUUUUAUUCAUUUUCAGUUUCACUGUUUGCGAGGGGCCGUCGUGUGUCAUGGCACUGUCGACAAGGAACUUGAACUAACCACCUGUGAAGUUCUUUCUGCCUCAAAUUAGUUGUUUUCAGUCGGUUAGCUUACAUUCCUAGCACAUGAUUUAUGUUGAUUCAUCCUCGCGGGUUGACUGACGCCUGAGACAGGGAACCGAUCUUCUGACACCGACAGUGCUAUUAAUUCCUGGACAAAAAUCUAAAUGAUCCAGUAUUUUAUGUGUGUGGCUCCAAUUGGACCUGUCAAGUUUAAGGUAUUGUUAUCUUAAUUUUUUUUUUUUCCCUCUCUGCAAUAUUUCCCCUAGAAGUGUCUCACCUGUGUAGCUGCCCAGGAGUGCAAAGCUGAAAACUUUAUUAGAUAUUGGAUUAGAACUGUUUAGGUGUUUUGGUGGCGGGGAACAAGAGCACCUUUCAUGCUCUGUGGGCAUUUAUCAGAAACCUUUUGUGCAGCACAUUUUGAUUUUUAAUAGCAUCACUACUGGCUAAGCAAUGUCACUAAGAAGAGCAUUAAUGCCUGCUAAUAACAGUAACAAAGCUACUGUCAGUUAUGGUGUAGUAUACAGUGUACUUAUCCUUUUUGUUAUAAUCAUGUGAUUUGACUAUUUUGUAUCUUUCUUCACAGAAGUUACACUUCACUCACUGUAUUGUCAAACUAACACUAUGAAUAUCCUUUUGUUUAUUACCUCUACAGUUAACGCUACCUUAAUCUCCCUACAAGCCUAGCUUUUUGUAAUUAAUGCUGAUAGCAUGUAUGUGCAACAUAUACUGAAAACUAAGAUUAGAAUCGCUACGGUUAUAUUUUUUGCCUAUUUACAAAAUGUAUUUGAACUACUAGAUCAGGGGUUAAGUACAUGUUGCUCAUCUGUAUUGUAUUCAGACAUCAAGCUGUGCUUUAAUUCAAGCCAAUGUUGUGACUCUUUAGUUUUAUGGAUAAAAAGCUAUUGUCACUUUUUUGAAAAAGCCAAUAAAUUCAAUUAAAACAUA